AUGAUCUUUACAUGUAAGAGUUGUCUUAUUAGAUUUAAUUACCUUGUAAGUGGUUCUUCUUUGGUUCCACUCGACAAAUCUGUUAAUGAUUUAGGUUUUGUCUUUGAUCCCAAGCUUGAUCCUAGCUUGCAUAUAGAACAGAUCUUCUGCAAAGCUCUCAAAACCCUCGGUUUUGUCAAGCAGGUUGCUGCCAAAUUUAAAUUAGUAUCCCCUUUGAAAGCACUUUAUUGCUCGCUUGUUAGGCCUAUCUUAGAAUAUGGCUCUGUCAUCUGGGACCCUCAAACGGCUUGUAAUUCAGUAAUGCUCGAAAAAGUUCAGCGAAAAUUUUUGAGCUACGUUAGCAACACUUUAAAAAUAGAGUGUCCAUACCACGACUAUACGCCAAUCUUAAAAUCCCUUAAACUAGAUACUUAA